AUGACUAGAAAUAAGGUCAAGCUUGCAUGGAUAGUGAAUGAUAAUGCUAGAAAAUCUAGCUUUAAAAAGAGAAAUGCAUGCUUGGUGAAGAAAAUGAGUGAACUAACCACCUUAUGCGACAUCAGUGCCUUUGUCAUUGUUUAUGGCGAAGACGGUGAGGAGUCAACUGUGUGGCCGGAUCGCAUGGUGGUGGAACAAUUGAUUGCAAGGUUUCAAAACAUAGCAGAUCUCGAGCGGUGGAAGAAAAUGAUGAACCAAGAGACUUACCUGAAGGACAGGGCAACCAAAAUGCAAGAGCAAAUCAGAAAGAUUAUGAAAAAGAACAAUGAGCUGAACACAAGUAAUGUCUUGCGCCAAAUUAUUCAAAACGGUAAGCCCCUGCUUGAAUUUGAUGAUAAUGUUCUAACUGGCGUGGUUUUUUCUUUAGAGGAGAGGAUGAAAGAAAUCCGAAAACGUAUCGAUUAUUUUGAGCAGGCGAAUCCUAAUCAUUCUCCAAGUACUCCUUCACAAUGGGGUGGAGAUCAGUCUGAAAUGAUAAGCCAAAUUGGAAGUGAUUUUCCCGAGUCUUUGUUUAUGUACAAAGACCUGGGAAAGCAAAUUCAAAACAAUUAUGGUCCUACUGUUAGUGUUAGGAGUGACAUCGCGAUACCACCAAUCUCGCUCUUUGGUAAUUUUACUAUUGCAAAUGACAUGGGGAUGCCUCUUUGGAACUUGGGAGGCAAUUGUGAUGGAAGUGAUUUAGGGUUGCCUAAGAAAAUAAGGCGUGUUGAAGGUCCUGGAAGUGGCGUUGGGGAUGACAUGGGGGUCCAUAGUGGAUUCUUCAAAUAUCAAAACUAUGUUGGAAGUGACAACAAAUAUGGAAAUUAUAAGGAGAGUCGUCCUUUUUGGGACUGGGGAGUCGGUGGGGAUGGAAGCGAUAAAGGGUUGACUUCGAUGAAUUCUGAAGGCAUGGAUGGUGGAACUGGGAUGGAGCUAGAGGUUUUUCCUAGUUAUGCGACUAAAGUUGCAGGUAUUACUAGUAAUGUGGGAUGUGAUCUAGGGCUCGAUAUGACGUCUUACAAUGAGGAUACUGGAUUUCGUAUUGGGGACGACAAGGCUGGAUCAAACAAUGGAGUAUUUGGGCAUUUGCCACGUCAAUUCAACAUUGGAGUCCGUACGGAAAGUCAUAGAGAUCUGCCUUCUGCAUGUUUUGGAGGUAAUGGUGCUGGAAGUGAUGUAAGGCUAUUUCCAGGACUAUUUGCCGGUAGCAACGCUGGGAGUGAUGUUGGGCAUCCUUACAAUGUUAGCAAAAGCUGGCAGUUUCCCUUCUCUUCACCUUGA